UUGAAGUAUUGCGUGCCAGGCAGAGUUGCUGCACAGAUCACCAGAUCUAGGUGAGCUGCAACAGAAGCCACUGAACACAGAGGGGAUGGCAUCGAAAGACUUCCCUCCACCCACAACCUAUGCACCACCGGAGGUGCCAACAGGAUUAGGCUUUUUUCUGACAAUCCCGUAUGCUUUCUUCAUUCCAGAACUGUUAUUUGGAUGCUUGGUGUGGAUUCUGGUAGCUGCCACUCAAGUGUAUUUCCCUCUGUUGCAAGGAUGGGUUAUGUACGUGUCCCUCACUUCAUUCCUCAUCUCCCUGAUGUUCCUGUUGUCUUACUUACUAGGAUUUUAUAAAAAGUAUGAGUCCUGGAGAAUCGUGGAUAGCCUUUAUCAUGGAACUACUGGAAUUUUGUACAUGAGUGCUGCCGUUUUGCAAGCAAAUGCAACAAUUCGCACGGAGACAGAAAGACAAGAGAAACUCUAUUACGAAAUAAAUACUGCUGCCACGUUCUUUGCUUUUAUUACCACCUUUAUGUACAUCCUCCAUGCCUUCAGCAUCUACUACCACUGAAGUAGAGUGUCAAGACCACAAGACUGAGAGGAAUCCUGAUGUCCCAGCAUGACAAACAUCCAGAAGCUGGACUGAGAAGCUCUUGGCCCACAUUUUCAGACUGUGUUAAAACAAAAGUACUUUUGGUAACUUGUCUUUGAAAUUUAAAUUUGUCUAGAGGUUUCUGUAUAUCAGAUGCAAUUGUAUUGUAUAUAUAUUUUUAAAAGGCAUAUUUUAGUUUGCCUGGAAAAUAGCUCAUUCUAGGAAUUCUUCACCAAUGAAUAAAGCCAGUGAGGUGCAUUUGUAGUCCUUCAUGUGAAAGGUUAAGCCUCAAAGAUAUCACUCCCUCAUCAAUGAUCCAGCAACAGGAUUAUGCAUACUUUAAAUAGUGUUAAUGAUCAAUUCAUUAUUGAUUAUCAAUGAUUAAUCAAUAUGAGACAGCUAUGUAGCACAGUGGAAAGAAUGCCAGGUCUGGAAUCAGAAAGACUCAUCUUCCCAAGUUCAAAUCUAUCCUCAGACACUUACUAGUUAUGUGAUCCUGGGUAAGCCACUUAAUUCUAUUUGACCUCAGUUUCCUCUUAUGUCAAAUGAGCUAGAGAUGUAAAUGUUGAGCUCCUCCAGUAUCUUUGCCAGGGAGAUGCCAAAUUGAGUCACAGAGAGUCAGAUAUUCCUGAAAAAUGACUAACCACAGCAAUAAUCUUAUUUUCUAACAGUAUUAUUUUCUAAAGAACAAAAUUAUUUCAAGCUCUUAUUUUUAAGGGUGACAUGAUCUAAUUUUCUUUCUUUUCAUGUCUGCUUUGGACAAAUGAGGUACAACCAGGACUUUGUCUAAGAGGAUUUAAUCCCAGGCUGAUGUCUAAGGGCUGAAGCCAAGAGGGAAUCACACCCUGUGCCCCCUUCCUUGUGUGUAUCAGCUGAGGGAGCAGCCUCCAUUAUAGUACAAUGAAAGGAGGACCAGAAUCAGUUCAAAUUCAUGUCAUCAAGUCUUCCUACCUGUGUGACCUUGAAAAAAACAAUCAUUGAACUUUCUUGGGUUUUGGUUUCUUCUCUGUACAAUGAGAUGGUCAGACUAGAUGACCCCUUUGAUCUCUCCUAUCUCUGGUUCUAUGAUCCUUCAUUCCCAUGGGCUGCCUCCCUGGGUCCCUGCGCACACAAUAGAACACUAUUCUUGAUCAAAGCCAUACAUCUCCCUUAGUUCAUAAUUUCAAGUCCAUCCCACAAGAGACAAAGAAGGGGCCUUCAUUAGUGUCUGCCAAGGUUUUAAUGCUUUAUGUAAUUGUACCAAAAUUUCUAAAUCAAACUUUAAUACAUGAAAGAGCCUCCUUAGUGUGGUCCUAGAAACCACUCUGUCCCUUAAAAGUGAGAAUGAGCAGAUAGCAGAGUUGACAUCAAAAGCAGGGGGUAGUAAAGCAUAAUGGAAAGAGCACCAUAUUUAGUGUCAGAGACUUGAAUAUCAUCUUCUGUUUUUUAGCAACUGUGUGACCUUAGACAAAUCACAUAACUUCUCUGGACUUCAGUUUCCUUGUCAAGAAUGGUGCCCAAGGCUCCUUCCCUAAGUUUAGGGGAUAAAGAGUGAAAACUCAGUCACCAGGAUGCCCCAGAGGAAUCUCCUCAAAAUUCCAGGAUGAUUCAUUCAUACCAUUCCCUUCUUUCUGUCUCCUCACCAGACCAUGGGAGUAAAUGGUUGCCAUGAGGGAGGAAGGGGGCCUGAAUCCAUCUUUUAAUCAAUAUAGUUGUGUGACCUUAAGCAAGUUAUUCUAUUUUUCGGUCUCUUGUUUCAUCUUCUGGAAGAUGAGGAGGAUAAAUCGUCAGAGGUGUCUUCUAUUUCAGUAUCCUACCAUCUUAUGUAGUAGCAUAUCUUUCAAUACUAUGCUAAUCUUUCCAUGAAAAUGGAUGAAAUGUUGUUGCUAUUUUUAUAAACAAAGCAUUGAGGGGGAUGAGUAAAACCUAAUUUCUAUACUUAAACAACCUUUUAUCCUAUGCAUUCUAGCAGGUUAUUUACAUUGCUGAACAUAGGGAAAGAAGUGGGGUGGGGGGUAUUUGUUUGGUCUUUGCAUCAAAUGCAUCAUUGCUGUUUUUUUCUGAAUUAAAUUAAAUUUUGACUCUUCUCAGUGAAAUGGAUACUGUUGGUUACUCCAGUAGCCUAAAACUCAAGGUGCUUUUUUUAAAAAAAUUAAAUGUUUGAAGCUGA